AAAUUGCAUAACAUCAACAAUGUGUUACACAUUUGAACAAAAGUCUGCGUAUAUAUGUAAAUGCAGAGGGAUUUGGCAGUGUUGAUUUAAAAAAUGAAAAUAACAUCAACUUUCUCAAUUUUUGUUGCGAUUCUUACUUUUGUGACUUCACGAAAGACUGGUAACAAGGACAAUGGCAAACAUCUCUCACUCGGAGGUAGCAAGGGUUGUCCGUCGACGUUACCAUCUGGUCCUCUUGUCGCGGAUAACCACUCUUUGCAAGAACUCUACCAAGCUGCUCUUGCUGAAGGAGGAAAACUAAUUGUAUACGCUGGAGGUGACUCCCCAGCCCAGCAAACCGGAGCAAAGACAUCAUUUGAAGCAAGAUUCCCUGGAAUGUCUGUCGAAAUGAUUGUUGACUUGAGCAAGGUUCACGACGCCCGUGUGGACAAUCAACUUGCAAUCGGAAAUCUGAUUCCUGACGUUGUCCAGCUCCAAACCCUGCAAGAUUUUGAUCGAUGGAAGGCACAAGGUGUUCUUCAUCCUUACAAACCGAUCGGAUGGGAUCAAGUCUACCCAGAGUUUAAAGACCCGGACGGCUACUCAACUGGAGUUCAUAUCUGGGCCUUCUCCAAUAACAUAAAUCGGGACUUACUUGGAAACAAUGAAAACAACUGGCCUACCGAAGCGAGCGACUACCUGGAUCCUAAAUUUAAAGGGAAAAUAAUAUCAACUUAUCCUAACGACGAUGAUGCCGUGCUGUUCAUGUACAAACUGAUAAUUGACAAGUACGGGUGGAAUUGGCUUGCAAAAUUCGUAAAGAAUCGUCCAGUUUUCGUAAGAUCGACCCAAGUCCCUGCUGAUUCCUUGAGAAAUGGUACUUUUCCAGCAUCAUUCACGACCGCUGGACCACUUCGACCUGAGGUAACACGCCCAGUUCAAUUUGUCCUCCCACAGUCAGACCCAUUCGUUACUUGGGCGCAAAGGGCAGCUAUUCUCAAAGGAACGCGGAGAUUGGCAGCAGCAAAACUUUACCUGAGUUGGUGGCUGGAUGUAGAUACGCAAAAUGAUUGGUUUCAGUGGAGUGUCCGGAAAGAUGUUCCUGUUCCCAAGGGAUUUAAAAGUGUUUUUGAGUAUCCUGGUCAGACUGAUCCGGUUGCAUUCGAGAAAUUUAUGGCGGAUCGGACUGCUUUGGAGAUAUUUAAGAAUCAGGUGCAGCUCUACGUUGGAGAGGUUCAGGGAAUUCUUCCUACUGGGGAUUUGAGCAUUCUUCAGGAUAAAAUGUUACCAGCCGCCUUUGCAUGAACAUAAAUAGUUACAAUGUAAUCUUUAUAAAUAUUCAUUAUACUUCUUAAUCUUUAUAAAUUCUGCAUUAGAAUACACGUUUUUAAAAUCCUCCAA